AAAAUUUGUUUAUGGAUCGCGAGAAAGAAGAGUCACAAAUAUACAUAGCAAUAGAAGAGUAUUUUAAACGAACGGAAAAGUGGACGUUACUCAAUUUUCUCUAUUAUAGAAAAGAUUGUAAUGAUUUUACAUAUCUUAAAAGGCGAGAACAUAGGUUAUACAAAUCGUCUUUGGCCUUAAUUUCUGAUAUCUUAGCCGAACAUUGUCUUAGCAAUUUUGAG